AUGGCUGAGGCUGGAGGAGAGGACAAGGAGCUGGAGGAUCUGCUGGACAGUGCACUGGAUGAUUUUGAGAAGACCAGCCAACCACCUCCGUCCUCAGACAAAACUACAAAACCCUCCGGUCCCGAAAGGCCGCCUGAGGAUGCUGCCAAGGAUCCCCUGUUGGCGUCUCAGGAGAAGUUCUUCCAGGAGCUGUUCAGCAGCGAGUUGGCAGCCCAGGCCUCAGAGGAAUUUGAGAAAGCCAUGAAGGAGCUGGCUGAGGAGGAACCUCAUCUGGUGGAGCAGUUCCAAAAGCUGUCGGAGGUCGCUGGAAAAGUGGGAAGCGAUGAAACCUCCCAGCAAGAGUUUACUUCCUGCCUGAAAGAGACACUGUCCGGACUGGCCAAGAAUGCCAACGACUUGCAGAACCCCAGCCUAUCAGAGGAGGAAUUGGCUCGGGCAAUGGAAGGUCUCUCAGUGGACGACGCGGAUGGAGACGGAAAUAUCUUACCGUUGAUGCAGAAUAUUAUGCAGAGCCUGCUGACCAAAGAAGUCUUGUAUCCGUCCCUCAAAGAGAUCACAGACAAGUACCCAGAAUGGCUGCAGACGCACCGCGAAUCUCUGCCCCCUGAGGAGUACCAGAAAUACCAGGAGCAGCACAACCUCAUGAGCAGGAUCUGCCAGACAUUUGAGUCCGAGCAGCCAGGUGAAGAGGCAGCCAGGUUCGAGACGGUCAUGGACCUCAUGCAGCAGCUUCAAGAAUUGGGACACCCACCUAAAGAACUGGCUGGAGAGUCUCCCCCCGGCUUGAAUUUCGAUCUCGACGGAUUGAACCUGAAUUCCAACAGCGCCAGUGCAGAGCAGUGCUCGAUCAUGUGA